AGACCGCCAGCAACAAACCCGCUCUCUCACCCUCCUUCACAUACCACCAGCAACCAUGUCGUCGACUCAGAGCGUGCAAUGCUUCGGCAAGAAGAAGACGGCCACCGCCGUCGCCCACUGCAAGGCUGGCCGUGGUCUCGUCAAGGUCAACGGCCGUCCCCUGUCUCUGGUCCAGCCUGAGAUCCUCCGCUUCAAGGUCUACGAGCCUCUCCUGGUUGUCGGCCUCGACAAGUUCGCCAACGUCGACAUCCGCGUCCGCGUCACUGGUGGUGGUCACACCUCCCAGAUCUACGCCAUCCGUCAGGCCAUCGCCAAGUCCCUCAUCGCCUACUACCAGAAGUUCGUCGACGAGCACUCCAAGAACCUGCUGAAGCAGGCCCUCGUCCAGUUCGACCGCACCCUGCUGGUCGCUGACAACCGUCGCUGCGAGCCCAAGAAGUUCGGUGGUCCCGGCGCCCGUGCCAGGUACCAGAAGUCUUACCGAUAAAGGGUUUGCGACAACUGGGUUUUGGGGAGAGGCGUUUACUUUUUUUUGUGGCGCUGGCGGGGGAAGAGACAAAUCUGCAGAGGAAGAAGAAGAAACUGGUCGAAAACAAAGCGUCUUGUGGCUGCUGGAGAGGAUGGCGCUGCUGCCACGUCUGGGCGGCGGUCCUUUGCGGCAUCAGGAUGUGGAAUACAAAAGGGGCCGGAGUCGCAUAUCCCUUGGCAUGGGGAUAGGUUUCCCAUUGGCACUUGCAUGGCCUUGCUUUGGGCGGAUUGUAACGGGUCUGGCAGGCUAAUGAAAUCUUCAAACGUUUACGAAACGCAUCACUGUGCAUGUGUGUGUGUGUGUGUGUGUGUGUGUGUGUG